AUGUUUAUAUUUUCCAAACAAAAUAGUGUCAGAAACAUUUUUUUUAUAGCAUAAAACCUGAAAGCAUAGUAAGAGAGAUUUAAUAUUAUUUUAAAAAAUAGAAAAUGGAUUAUAUAAAGGAGUAAGUUGGAGAGUUGUAUAAGGUUUUGGCCUUUUCCAAAGAGGUUGAUGAUUUAGUCCUCACUAACCUCGUUUACAUUUUAAAAAAAAAGAGAAUUUAAGACUGCUUAGAAUUUCUUUCAUAAGAUCAAAAUCAAAUCUUUGUAGAAAUAGAAAGAUAAAAAUUAGAAAAUUUAUCUCUACUUGGUAAAGAUUAGACUCUCAAGGGAUAGAAGAACAUUAAGAGAAUAAAUGGAAAUUCUCAAAAAAAUUAGGGAUCAUGAAUUUAAUAAACAGAAUUACUCAAUCGAUGAUUAUGAUGAAAGCAAAAAGAAACUGAUCAUAAAAAUAUCAUGGGAUAAGAAAAUCAUAGAAUUUCUCAAAUUUUUAGUUCAUUUGACUGCCUUAGAUGAGAGAUACACUUAGUGUGGAUCAAAUUCUCUUAAUUUAUUAGUUUAAAUGAAAGUGGAUGUGAGGGAAUAAAAUUUUGAGAAUAUCAGGAUUAGAAAUACCUCUUUAUUUGGUGGAAAUUUUGUAAGAUGUAAUUUCAAUGGAUCAGAAUUUGACAAUGUAGAUAUUAGUGGAAUGAACAUGAAUUAGGCUUAAUUGUUUAAUUGUAAAUGGAAAAAUAUCAAAAUUCAUGAGUUAAAUAAAUUAGAUGGUCAUGGUGGAUUUGUCUAUUCAGUCUAAUUCUCUCCAGAUAGUAAGUCAUUAGCUUCUUGUAAUGAUGAUAAUUCGAUUAUAUUGUGGGUUGUUAAAACAGGAAAAGUAAAGUUUAUUAUCAAGGAUAAGAAAGAAGUAAAACAAAUAUGCUUCUCACCUAAUAAUACUACAUUAGCUUUUAUCAGUGGAAAAUUUGUGUAUUUAUGGAAUCUUAAAUCAAGAAAAUAAAUAAAAAAAUUAGAUGGUCAUUCUAAUGAUGUCAGUUCAAUUUGCUUCUCCCCUAAUGGCACAAUAUUAGCAACUGGUAGUGGAGAUAACUCGAUCUGUUUAUGGGAUGUUAAGAUAGGAUAAUAAAAAGCAAAAUUAGAUAAUCAUUAAUAUGCAGUUUAUUCAAUUUGUUUUUCUCCUGAUGGUACUACAUUAGCAUCUGGUAUUGGAGAUAAUUCUAUCUGGUUAUGGGAUUUUAAGACAGGAUAAUAAAAGGCCAAAUUAGAUGGUCAUUAAUAUGAAGUUUGUUCAAUUUGCUUCUCCCCUAAUGGCACAAUAUUAGCAACUGGUAGUGGAGAUAACUCUAUUUGUCUAUGGCAUGUUAAGACAGGAUAAUUAAAAGCCAAAUUAGAUGGUCAUUCAAAUACAGUUUAUUCAAUUUGUUUCUCUCCUGAUGGUGCUACAUUAGCAUCUGGUAGUUCAGAUAACUCUGUCCGUUUAUGGGAUGUUGAGACAGGAUAAUAAAAAGCCUAAUUAAAUGGUCAUUCUGGAACAGUUAUUCAAUCUGUUUCUCUACUGAUGGUGCUAUAUUGGCGACUGGUAGUUCAGAUAACUCUAUCCGUGUAUGGGAUGUUAAGACAGGAUAAUAAAAAGCCAAAUUAGAUGGUCAUUCAUCAUCAGUUUAUUCAAUUUGUUACUCUUCUGAUGGUACUACAUUAGCAUCUGGUAGUCAUGAUAACUCUAUUCGUUUAUGGGAUGUUAAGACAGGACAACAAAACAUACCUUCAGAUUAUCGUUAUAAAGAUGCUCUAGCAAAAUUUAACCCUUCAAAAAUUUAUAAUAAUAUUCUUCCAGACAGUGGUAUUGAUAUUUCACUGUUCUUAGCUACCUCUUAUAUUACUAUUUUAAAAAUUUCUUAAAAUCCCAAUUUAGAUGCUUAAGGAUCUUUAAUUUUGA